AUGAAUCAGCUCAGUCUCCAGUUUUUCUUUAACCUAAGUGCCUAAGCCGGGUUAGAUAACGUUGCUGUAAUUAUGAACUUUAUUAGCAGCCAGGUUUGCUCAUAUUAUAUCUACUAUGAACGUAUAUUUUGUGCAAACUAUUCUAAGUUGUAUUAAACAAUAAUAACUUAGGUGGCACUAUCACAUAAGAUUUCUGUGAUAAAAAGAUUUAAUAUUUUAUUAAAUCUCUAAUUUCUGGUUUUUUCUAAUAUGCAAAAUAAAGUAAAUAUUAUUUAAUUAGACGAUUUUAAUAUGUUAUAAAAGUUCAUUGAGUCAACUUCAAUAUUUUGGACUUAAGACGAAUUUAGCAGUUCUUGGUUAUGAAUUUAAAAUUAGAGCAACUGCACAAUCAACUUCAAUUUUUAUAUUUACCAGCUCAUAAAUAUAACUGCUGGUUAUUGAGAAAAAGGAGUAAUACAAUUUUUAAACAUUAUAUAGAAAGUAUUAUAUAUGAAUAGCAAUCAAAAUGGCAACACCAACCAAUGGUAAUGGUAACCUAGUUGACGAGUUUGAAGAAGCGUUUCAGCAAUGUUUAAGUAUAUUAACAAAGGAUGAAGGAUCAAGCAGCAGUGGAAUGGGUAUAAGCAGUGGUUUAACAAUAGACAAAGAAGAAGCUCGUUGUGAAGUAGACCAAGUCACUUUAAGAUUUACAGAUUUGGCUAGACAAAUGGAAGCUUUCUUUUUACAAAAAAGAUUUCUAUUAUCAGCAUUAAAACCAGAAUUGGUAGUAAAAGAAGACAUCUCUGAUUUAAGGCUGGAAUUAGCACGAAAAGAAGAUUUAAUUAAAAGACAUUAUGAUAAGAUUGCAGUUUGGCAAAAUUUAUUAUCAGAUUUACAAGGAUGGGCUAAAUCUCCUGCACAAGGACCUGCACCUAAUGGAUUACCAAAUGGAACUCAAGGUGGUCAGAAUCAACAAACUGGAAAUGGCAGUGGAGGAUCCACUAUGCAGCAACAACAGCAAUUAUUACAACAUCAACAACAAUUACAACAACAGCAACAACAACAACAGCAAUUACAUCUACAACAACAUCAAAUGCAACAACAGCAACUUCAUCAACAACAGGUGCAACAAGGUACAGGUCCUCCACCAACAUCAAGUCUUCAAGGAGUCAGCGUCUCAGUUGGACAGCAAGGCAUGUUCAUGGCUCAAGGUGGAGUAGGAGUAACUGGUGGUAGACCUACAAGUUUUCCAGUUGGUGGUGUUGGAAGUAGUGCACUUCAAGGCCCAUUGGCUUUCCUAGAAAAGACAACGAGCAACAUAGGGAUGCCUGAAAGGCGGAGUUGACGCGGAAGGGGGAGGGGCCGUGGUCGGAGUCGAGGAAGAGGUCGAGGAAGAGGACGAGGUGGAGGAGGAAGUUUACCGCCACCGCCGUCUCUUCUCGACCCAUCGGACCCUUCGUCCUAUGCUGCUGCUGCCGUAGUCGCAGCUGUUACGGCAGCGCCCCUUCCCUCACAACAGCAGCAGCCUCCACCAUCAUGUACAUGAGGAUAUUUCUAGCAAUUAAUUUUUAUCACAAAGUUAUGUUAGACCUUUCCCUUCAUAUCUUGUAUUAUUUAGAAUUUCAUAACAAUUAAAGUGAUUUUUAUUAACA